CAUGGUGCCUCGGCGGCCCCCUGGACCCGGGGCGGCUGGCCGGAGCCGCUGAGCCCCGCGGCGGCCGCGAACUGCAUGGGGGAGCGCGGGCGGCGCUCGGAAAGAUGCCCCGGCCGGAGUUGCCCCUGCCGGAGGGCUGGGAGGAGGCGCGCGACUUCGACGGCAAGGUCUACUACAUAGACCACACGAACCGCACCACCAGUUGGAUCGACCCGCGGGACAGGUACACCAAACCGCUCACCUUUGCUGACUGCAUUAGUGAUGAGUUGCCGCUAGGAUGGGAAGAAGCGUAUGACCCGCAGGUCGGAGAUUACUUCAUAGACCACAACACCAAGACCACGCAGAUCGAGGACCCGCGGGUGCAGUGGCGGCGGGAGCAGGAGCACAUGCUGAAGGACUACCUGGUGGUGGCGCAGGAGGCUCUGAGCGCCCAGAAGGAGAUCUACCAGGUGAAGCAGCAGCGCCUGGAGCUCGCGCAGCAGGAGUACCAGCAGCUGCAUGCCGUCUGGGAGCACAAGCUGGGCUCCCAGGUCAGCUUGGUUUCUGGCUCAUCCUCCAGCUCGAAGUAUGAUCCUGAGAUUCUGAAAGCUGAAAUUGCCACUGCAAAAUCCCGGGUCAAUAAGCUGAAGAGAGAGAUGGUUCACCUGCAGCAUGAGCUCCAGUUCAAAGAACGUGGCUUUCAGACCCUGAAGAAGAUCGAUAAGAAAAUGUCUGAUGCCCAGGGCAGCUACAAACUGGAUGAAGCUCAGGCAGUCUUGAGAGAAACAAAAGCCAUCAAGAAGGCCAUCACCUGUGGAGAAAAAGAAAAACAAGAUCUUAUUAAGAGCCUUGCCUUGCUGAAGGAUGGCUUCCGCACCGACAGAGGGUCUCACUCCGACCUGUGGUCCAGCAGCAGCUCUCUGGAGAGCUCAGGCUUUCCGCUGCCGAAGCAAUACCUGGAUGUGAGCUCCCAGACAGACAUCUCAGGAAGUUUUGGCACCAGCAGCAACAAUCAGUUGGCAGAGAAGGUCAGAUUGCGCCUUCGAUACGAAGAAGCUAAGAGAAGGAUUGCCAACCUGAAGAUCCAGCUGGCCAAGCUGGACAGUGAGGCCUGGCCUGGGGUGUUAGACUCGGAGAGGGACCGGUUGAUCCUCAUUAACGAGAAGGAGGAGCUGCUGAAGGAGAUGCGCUUCAUCAGCCCCCGGAAGUGGACACAGGGGGAGGUGGAGCAGCUGGAGAUGGCCCGGAAGCGGCUGGAGAAAGACCUGCAGGCAGCCCGGGACACCCAGAGCAAGGCGCUGACAGAGAGGCUGAAGUUAAACAGUAAGAGGAACCAGCUGGUGAGGGAGCUGGAGGAAGCAACUCGGCAGGUGGCCACUCUGCACUCGCAGCUGAAAAGCCUGUCCAGCAGCAUGCAGUCCCUGUCCUCAGGGAGCAGCCCUGGAUCCCUCACCUCCAGCCGAGGCUCCCUGGCCGCCUCCAGCCUGGAUUCUUCCGCCUCCGCCAGCUUCACAGACCUCUACUAUGACCCCUUCGAGCAGCUGGACUCGGAGCUGCAGAGCAAGGUGGAGCUCCUGUUCCUGGAAGGACCCACGGGCUUCCGGCCCUCUGGCUGCAUUACCACCAUCCAUGAGGACGAGGUGGCCAAGACCCAGAAGGCUGAGGGGGGCAGCCGCCUGCAGGCCCUGCGCUCCCUGUCUGGCACCCCAAAGUCCAUGACCUCCCUGUCUCCACGCUCCUCUCUCUCCUCGCCAUCCCCCCCAUGUUCCCCUCUCAUCACCGACCCCCUCCUGGCUGGAGAUGCCUUCCUGAACCCCCUGGAGUAUGAAGACCCAGAGCUGAGUCCCACUCUUUGCGAGCUGAACCUUGGUGGCAGUACCCAGGACAGAUACCGGCUGGAGGAGCCAGGGGCGGAGGGCAAGCCCCUGGGCCAAGCUGUGAGUUCCGUUCAAGGAUGUGGCCUGCAGGUGGCCUGUGUCUCGGCUGCAGUGUCCGAUGAGUCCGUGGCUGGGGACAGUGGUGUGUACGAGGCUUCUGUGCAAAGACUGGGUGCUCCAGAAGCAGCUGCGUUUGACAGUGAUGAAUCAGAAGUCAUGGGUGCCCCUCGGGUCCAGGUUGCUCUGAAGUAUGAUGAGAAGAAUAAGCAGUUUGCAAUACUAAUUAUUCAGCUGAGUAACCUUUCUGCUCUGCUACCGCAACAAGACCAGAAAGUGAACAUCCGUGUGGCCGUCCUUCCCUGUUCUGAAAGCACCACCUGCCUGUUUCGGACCCGGCCCCUGGAUGCCUCUGACAGCCUCGUGUUCAACGAAGCUUUCUGGGUAUCCAUGUCCUACCCAGCCUUUCGCCAGAAAACCUUACGAGUCGAUGUGUGCACCACUGACCAGGGCCAUGCGGAGGAGUGCCUGGGCGGCGCCCAGAUCAGCCUGGCUGAGGUCUGCCGGUCCGGGGAGAGGUCGACGCGCUGGUACAACCUCCUGAGCUACAAAUACUUGAACAAACCAAGCAGGGAGCCCAAGCCAGCGGGAGCCACGGCCUCCACUCCAGGACCUGAGAGCGAGCCUUUGUCUCUGCAGGAUGCUGUGUCUGCCCUGUUGGAACAGACAGCGGUGGAGCUGGAAAAGAGGCAGGAGGGAAGAAGCAGCACACAGACACUGGAAGACAGCUGGAGGUACGAGGAAGACACCAGCGAGAACGAGGCAGUGGCUGAGGAGGAGGAAGAGGGGGAAGAGGAUGUUUUCACUGAGAAGCCCUCACCAGACACGGACGGGUACCCAGCCGUGAAGAUGGACAAGGAGACCAACACAGAUGCUGUGGCCCCAUCCCCCACAGUGGUGCGGCCCAAGGACCGGCGGGUAGGUGCCCCUUCGUCAGGGCCAUUCCUUCGGGGGAGCACCAUCAUCCGCUCAAAGACCUUCUCCCCUGGACCCCAGAGCCAGUACGUGUGCCGGCUGAAUCGGAGUGAUAGUGAUAGCUCCACCCUGUCUAAAAAGCCACCUUUUGUUCGAAACUCUCUGGAGCGCCGCAGCGUCCGGAUGAAACGGCCUUCAUCAGUCAAAUCCCUGCGGAAUGAGCGCCUGAUCCGCACCUCACUGGACCUUGAACUAGACCUGCAGGCCACAAGGACCUGGCACAGCCAGCUGACUCAGGAGAUCUCCGUGCUGAAGGAGCUCAAGGAGCAGCUGGAACAAGCCAAGAACCAUGGGGAGAAGGAGCUGCCCCAGUGGCUGCGUGAGGACGAACGCUUCCGCCUGCUGCUGAGGAUGCUGGAGAAGAGGAUGGACCAAGCAGAGCACAAGAGCGUGCUGCAGACGGACAAAAUGAUGAGGGCCGCUGCCAAGGAUGUGCACCGGCUUCGCGGACAGAGCUGUAAGGAGCCCCCAGAAGUGCAGUCUUUCAGGGAGAAGAUGGCGUUUUUCACCCGGCCUCGGAUGAAUAUCCCAGCCCUCUCAGCAGAUGAUGUCUGAUCGCCAGAAAAGUAUUUCCUUUGUUCCACAGACCACGCUGUGAAUGCUGACUGUGGCUAAAGUUUAUUUAUGUGGUGUUACAUGAAGGUACUGAGUCACAAGUCCUCUAGCGCUCUUGUUGGUUUUAAAACGAACAGACUUUUUUAGUUUUGGUUCUAUUAUUAAAAAAAAAAAAAAAAAAAAAAAACUCCAAAAAACAAAACAAAACAAAACAAAAAACAUAAAACAAAUACAAAAAACCAGCAUUAAAAUGACAAGAUUGUAUAGUUUGUAUAUUUAGGAAUGUAUUUUUGGGAAAGAAAAUUUACUAAAGCAGUGUUAAGCUGCUGCUCUUCUUAAAAUCGUCUAGAUUUUUCUUUUUGUACAGCAGCACCUUUUAGAGGUUUUACUGCAAUAAGAAGUGAUGUUGAGGGGACGGUAAUCCUGAAAGGAUGUCCCACAGAUGGCACAGUACAGCUAACCUUUCCUAGUUCACAUGUUUUGUACAAUAUUAAGAAAAAUGCAGAAAUCAUCAGGGGGAUUCAGAUGUGCAUCCGCGAAUUGUCCUUAGCUGUGACGUGUUUUUAUGUGGCCGCCUGACUGAGGCGGGCAGGGAGCUGGCUAAGCUAUCCCGCCCCGGCUGGCGACCGGCCACACCAGUCUCAGACGCCCAGUGAAGCCGCUGACUGAGUGAGGGGAGGGCUGUGGAGAGCUCCGUUCAGUUUUAUCUCCAUCAAUAAAGUGGCCUUUUGAAAAGAA